AAAAACUAGCGUAGCGUUAGCUACUAGCAGCGUGCUGCUGGAGGAGGAGAGGAGACAGGAGGAGAGGAGCGCAUACAGAGGAGGAUGUCGUCUUUAUCAGAGCAGCUGCAGGAGGUCCGGAGUCGAGCUGAAGUGUGUCUGUACUCGAGUGGCAGAGUAGUGGAUGUGCGUGCCGGGGUUAUGGCCAUGGCAACUCUGCCUUUACCACCCUGCUCCAAAUACUGCCACAUCGCUGCUGAGAGCAUGGUCAUUGAAAACAGCUUCUGCAGCAACCGAAAAGAGACCAUUGCUUCUCUCCAGCGUUUGUCUACAGCACUAAAUAUCCUUGAAAAGUAUGGCUGUAACCUUACAAAUCCCAACAGGCCAAAGUUCUGGAGAACAGUAAAACACAACAACCCAGUGUUCAGAGCCACCGUUGAUGCUGUUCAGGGAGGACGAGCAGUGCUCUGUCUCUAUGGUUACUCCAAUCAGCAGCCAGAUGGGCUCAGCUUCCCUGAUGAUGUCACAGACCCUGACGUAGGACAUGUUGCUGCAGUAACGCUUGAAGUGAUGAGCCUGAGAAUGGAGCUAGACAUGCUGAUCAAGGAGACUCAUCCCCACCCUGAGUUUUAUGAGAGAAUCGUUCCCACUCUGAGACACAAGGAUGUGGGCCUCAACACUGAUGCUGUGGUGUACCACUCGGCCGUUUCCUCUUCAAGCCAUUCAAACGGCCAAGCCAGGUCUCUAGCCUUGCCCCCCCAGCGGCAAUCCUCCAGAGAGAGCAGCCGGGACCACUCACUGUCUUCAAACCUCCAAGCUGUCAGAGCCACUCAGACCUUUUCCAGCUUCUCCAACAAACACCCAAAGAACUGUACUAUCUGUGGAAUAUUCCGUAUCUCUGCCCGCUGCCUCACCUGCUCCCAAGGACUUUGUUCAGAAUGUGACAGAUUGUACCACUCCGACUCCGAGAGGGCCAAUCACUGUCGAACAGAGGUUACACCAUCGUCAAAAUUCAGGAACAAUCUCAGUGGCUCUUCCUGGCGCUGUCUUUACUGCACAAAGGUCACGUCUUGCCAGGAUGUGUUAUGUGAGGAAUGUGAGCGUCCUCACUUGGAAUUAGCCAGCUCUGCAGCAGAUGAAGCUCAGCCUGCCACCAUCACUGAGUGGCAGUGUAAGAGCUGCACUGUGCUGAACGCACCAAGCAGUGUUUUAUGUGAGGUGUGUGAAAGACCCCGAUUGGCCACGCGACCUCCAGUGACCUCCUCACACCAUCCCAUCACGCCCCCCAGACCACCGGCACCAGUACUGGGCAUGCCUGGGGACCCUGACAGCCAGUGGGUGUGUCAAUUCUGCACAUAUCUGAACUAUUCCCCUGCAACAAUGUGUGAGAUGUGUGACCUGGCUCGUCCAGAGCCCGCCACCCUACCUGCAAAGCUUCACCCUCCCUCACCUGUCAGACGGGUCCCAGCUCUGCCAGUUAAACCUAAAGAGCCGGCCACAGAAGACCUAGACUCAUGGAGGCAGAAGCGCAUGAAAGAGGAGGGGCUAAAGUUGAUCCAGCUGAUAAGGGAUGGGGAGAAAAAGGGAGUGACUCCAGAGGAGGUCUAUACAAGUAUUCGGGUCACUGGAGACAUGGCUAUCCUGCCAUGCAAAUGGCUAAAGACAGUCCUGCUUCAGCAGUUAGACCAGAUUCAGACGUUGGCGACAUCAUCCUCAAGUGAUUUUGUCAGUGGCAAGAGCAUGACAGAUCUCAUGCAGAACAGGUCAUGUGACGGACCUAGUGAGGAGGCUGGCCAAGACAGAAAAGAAGAAAAGGAGGGUGUGGUGCAGCUGUCCAGAGCAGAGGCCAAGCAGGCUUGGCUGACAUCAAGCGGCGACACAGAGAGAGCUGCUCGACAAGCACUUCGAGACAGAUUUACCAAGGUAAAGGAGUUGUGUUCACUUGGUUUCAGCGAUGAAGUGCAGUGCCAUGACGUUUUGAGGCAGAGUGGUGGUGAAAUUAGAGGGGCCCUGGCCCUGCUGCAGCGCCCCCUGCUGGGGCCUUUCCAUGAACGUAUGUGGAGUGACAAACCUGAGCCUCCUGUAGAUAUCCAUCACCCUGACAAACAGCGUACGUGCCGGCGGUUACUGGCAGUAUAUGACCUUCCUAGCUGGGGCCGUUGUGAGCUGGCGCUGUCGCUGCUUCUGGAGCAUGGCGCCCCCUACUCCCUGGAGGAUGUAGUGCAGACUGUACGGGAGUCUCACGACAGGGAGUUUAUCAAGCGAGUGCUGGCUAAAGAAUGUCCCAUCUGCCUUUCUGUUUUCCCACACAAUAAGAUGCAGUCUCUGACAUCUUGUCAGUGUUCAGUGUGCUGUGGAUGUUUCCAGCAGCAUUUCACCAUUGCGGUGAGGGACAAACAUAUUCGUGAUAUGGUGUGUCCAGUUUGCUGGGAGCCCAACAUUAACGACCCUGAACAUCUCAACAGUUACUUCUCCACUCUGGACAUCCAGUUGCGAGAAUGCCUGGAACAAGAUGUCUAUGAGCUGUUCCACAAGAAGCUGACAGAACAGGCACUUAUCAAGGACCCCAAGUUCCUCUGGUGCUGUCACUGUUCAUAUGGAUUCAUCUAUGAUGGAGACCAGCUGAAGGUCACCUGUUUUCAGUGUCAUAACAGCUUCUGUGCUCAGUGCAAAAAGCCGUGGGAGUCUCAGCAUGCAGGGUUAUCAUGUAAACAAUUCCAGUCAUGGAAGAGGGAGAAUGAUCCAGAAUAUCAGAGACAGGGACUGGCUGGAUAUCUGAGAGACAACGGAAUCACCUGUCCAAACUGUCGUUUUCAGUAUGCACUGUCUAAAGGAGGCUGCAUGCACUUCUGCUGCUCUCAGUGUCGCUACCAAUUCUGCAGUGGCUGCAACAAUCCUUUUCACACUACGUGUGCAGUGGAUGAGUGCAGUGUUUCAGGUCUACACGCCCAUCAUCCCAGAGACUGCCUGUUCUACCUGAGAGACUGGGAACCUUCCAGACUGCAGGCCUUGUUGCAGAACAAUGGAUUGGCCUUUAACACUGAACCUCCUCCUGGAACACAGACAGAUCUGUGUGGAGUGAUAGAGCAGAAGGAUGAAGGAGGGCAGCAGCCGGAUGUAGCCUGCGGUGCUCAAACUCAACCUGGACAUGCCGGCCUCUGCGAGAAGCACUACCGGGAGUACCUGGUCAGCCUGAUCAACAGUCACUCCAUCGACCCAGCGCCCCUGUUCAGUACCAGUGAGCUGAUUCUGGCCUGCAGGAGGUAUAAAGUGGACGACACACAGCAGGAUGGAGAGGACGGAUUCACCUACUGCAGCAGACUGCUCGAGAAACUUAUGACUGAAGUUCCACUUGGUGAGAAGGUCCCACGCAAGAAAUGAUUGCUUCACAUCCUGUGUGCUGAAGAUGAACCUUUGGAGC